UAUGUAUUAUCAAAACAUCUAUUUAACUUGAAGUUUGCUGCAAAAGAACUUAAUAGGAAUGCCAAGAAAUGUGGUAAAGAAGGAAAGACUGAAAAGACCAAGAUUAAAAAGGCCAUUCAGAGAGGCAAUAUAGAAGUUGCAAGAAUACAUGCUGAAGAUGCAAUCCUCCAGAGGAACCAAGCAAUUAAUUUUUUGAGAAUGAGUGCUAGAGUUGAUGCUGUGGCAGCCAGAGUUCAAAUUGCGGUAACAAUGGGCAAGGUAACUAAGUCUAUGGCAGGUGUAGUCAAGUCUAUUGAUGCUACAUUGAGGAGUAUGAAUCUUGAAAAGAUUUCUGCCCUGAUGGACAAAUUUGAACACCAGUUUGAAACACUUUAUGUUCAAACACAACAAAUGGAAGACACAAUGAGUAGCACCAGGAGCAGGAAACAUAACAGGCUUUUCUAACACAGAAGGAGUCAGAGACAUAGAAAAAAUGCUGAGGUGGAAGAAUUCAUCCCCCAAAAAAACAAGAAAAGGUCACAGCCAGAGAUUUAAUCAAAACAGAACCAAGUGGCUAUGCUGCUUCAAGAAAUGGCAGAUGAAGCUGGGUAAGAAAUUAUUCGAGUGCUUUUGGAUAAUGUUGAUUUAAUAUCUUUGGGUCUAAAAUUAUAUAAUGCAAAUAAAGAUAUUUGUCUUUAUGAGAAAUAGAGUUAGAUUUUUGACCCUAGAAUUUAUUGUUGGAAGAUCCUUUGAAGCAGUCAUCCAACAUUUUGCCAUGCUCAUAAAAUGUGGCUCUGCUUAGAUCAUCCUAAUAUCUUCUUAACAAUCUCUGGAGAUGCAUUCAUUUAGUUGUUGAUAAGAAAUGGAGGAAGGUAACUGAGGAGGGCAGGAGUUUUUAAACAUUUCCUCAGUACCUUCAGUAUCUUCUGUGUUCAACAUGUAUCAAAUGUUUGGAUUUUUUAAACUAGAUCUUCCAAAACAAUUUUGCUGUGAUUGGGCCAUUAAGUUUUAAGCCCAGUUUGAGUCCUGAAAUCUGAGAAAUAUGUGCAAAAUAUUCAAGGGGUUCAAAAGAUGUCAACAUUACAUCAUUGCAGAUGGUCUUUUUUAAAAAUGUAAAUGACACCCUUUCAGGUACUGCUAUUAGAAAUAGAGUUUGUGUUAAUGGGAUGUUUAUUUCAGGUCCUUCAUGUUUGAGGGGAAUAAGUUGAUCAUGAUAAUAUCUAUGCUAUAGAAGUCAUGUUAUAUCAUUAGUCUCUGGUAUAUUAUUUACUUCAAGAAAACAUUGUAUUAAAGAAUAAAAAUACAUUUUUCAAACACAUAGAGUAAAACUGGGUGAUACUAAAUUUUAUACUUUAUCGUCAAAGGUAGAGUAAUAGAUUGAAAUAUAGUUUAUGUACUCUAUUAUUUUCUCCUGGGAAGAGAAGACUUGAAGACAGGUGGAAAAUUUAAUUGAUGAAUAUUAUUCUAGUGUCUAAUACCUGAUUAAUAUGAACAAUUAAGUUUAUCGGCUCUUUAUAUCACUAAUGAAUCUUUAGUAAAAUUAAAACACAGGUUAGUAAAUCAGGUUUGCAGUAUUUGAGAACAGAGUUGGGGGUUAGGUAGUACAGUAUUUGGCUUUGUUAGUAUCCUGAUGUAGUCCACAUAUUGACAGGCAGGUAGCAGGAAUGGUGACUUUUGUUAAGUAUUAUAAAAGAUACCAAGGUAUUGAGUAUCAGAAGACUCCAUCUUAGUAGUAUGAGGCUAAGGACUUGUUUCUGUUCCUACCAAAGACUAAAUAAGAAGAUUGGGCUUGAAAAUACAGCAAGAGAGGUAUUGUAAAAGGGACAUUGCCACAUUAUAGCUUUCCUGACCUUCAGUGGAACACCAAGUUUAACAGACAACUUUUUGAUAAGAUUUAGAGAAGGAUUUCUCAACCUCAACACUAUUGACAUUUUGGGCUAGAUGUUCUGUGAAUUUGUAGGAUGUUUGGUAGCAUCACUGUUCUCUACCCACAAGAUAAAAGUAGCAGUAUUGGCAGUAUAAAAUGUCUCCAGACAUUGUCAAAUGUUCCUUAGGGGCGGGAGGUCAAAAUUAAAAGAGAUGAGAUAUAUCCAUAAUGGGUGAUGACUGGAGCAGUAGAAACAGGUAGACCACUGAUGUCAAAAUACUAAUGCCCAUCCUUAAAGAUGUUUAAGUAUCCAAAUUUUGUUUCUUUGUGAUUCCCUCAACAAAAUUUAGCAUAGCAUAUCUUUAUCUUUUAAAUAAUAAUCUGUCUGUAGAAUCUCCUAAUGACUGCUAAAGUUACUCUAUUUUCAGUAGUGUUUUCAAAUUGGUUUGCAUACAGUGGUCCAGAUACAGACAGAAAGGCUAGUUUAUAUCCUGGAGGAGGAGUAUAAUAGAGAUUAAAAUCAUGGGCCUUGGAGGCAGACAAACCUGGGUUCAGAUCCUAUCUGUCAUUAGAGCAAUCUUGGACAAGUGUACUUAACUUGUCUAAACCUCAGUUCUAUAGGUAGAUGCAAUUAAUGAUUCCAAUUAACUUGAAGAUAGUUCAGAUAUUAGGUAUGAAACCUGAAGCUAUAUUUGUCUAGCCUGUUUUAUCUUUUUUAGGUAUAUUAAUUUUCCUUCAUAGUAGGAGAUAUAUAGUAAUCUCCAGUAAAUUAAAUACAUUGAAUGACUAUUGUGUAUGUCUUUUAUUCAAAUGACCAGAUGAUUAUCCUCUUUGUUGGCUUUUUUAUCGUAAGAUUAUCAUCCACAUGGGAUACCAUUAGGGCUUAAGAAAAAUGCUUUAUAAUUUAUAAAUUCAUUUAUCCUAAGGUGGACAUUCAGAAGAUGUUUGAGUGCUGUUUACAUUUAUAAAAUUGAAUCAGUUCUCUUUUUUUAUUUAAAUUAAGGUACAAUGUUAUGUGGAAUAUUCAAAUUUGCAAUAAGCCUAUUUUAUUGCUUAUCAUAAUAAGAUAAAGAGGAAAAUGCCUAUAUUAACAUUAAUUUAUGCUAAUAACUUUUAAAUUGUGGCCUUGAUCUCAAUAUGGAACUACCACAGGGUCAAACAGGUUCUGUUGGUACAGGUGUUGCUUCCAUGGAAUAAGUAAAGAAGUUGGAUUUUAUCUUGAUUGGUAUGAAUAUGUGUAUGAAUUAAAUAUAUUUAUUUAUAUAUAAAUAUAUACACGUUUUUAUUUUAUGAAUAGUA